AUUCUGAUUGGUUGCUCUAACUGGGACAGAGAGAAGAGAAAGUAAGACAGUAGAUGCUUAGUGGUCCUUAGGACUGAGGGUUGUGAGUUGUAAGUGGACAGGAGGUUUGGGAUGGGUCUGAAUUCUCACUGAUUGUGGGGUCUGGGUGCCCGCUGGCUUAGAGUUGUGGAGUUCUGAUUGGUUCUUUGGAGCUGGCAUAGGGAGGUUGAGGAUCUCCAUGCCAACUGGCCCUCAAGGAGUUUUGAUUGGUUUUUCUGACUUGAAGUCAGGAGAGGUGAGGAUGACCGCUAAGGAGUCUAAGCGCUGAGGUAAAGGAUGGAGACGUAGUGUACAGGCUGUGAUCUGUCUUAGUAUUGUUUCCUUGCCCAUUCAGGCAUUAAGAAUGAAGGUUUUGUCUGGAAACUGAUUAACUGGUCUGCUUAGAAAACGGGGGCAAAGAUAAGAGGACGCUAAGCAACGCUGAUUCAACAGCAGAUGAUAAGGAUGACUACCCAAUUUCUGAAAAUGAUUGACGGAUAAGAGGUUAGGGAAAUUCAAGCCAAGACUCGUUGCUGGUACCUUUUGGCAGAAAACGCCCACCCACUUCGGCACACCCCGCCGCCUUCACCCACCUCCAGAUUCUGGCUCAGUCAACAAUGAAAAUGGCACCACACGUAAGGGCGGGGCCGGCGGCACACAGAAAGCUCCUAUUGGUUGAGAGCGGCACUGGCCACCUCCCCAGCCCCUCCAUUGGCCAACUCCAUAAGACAAGGAACCUGUGAGGAAAUGGGUCUGAACUAGGGCUGUGACAGAGCCCACAGGACAGCCUUAAGAAAGCCCGGACCGUGCAGGAGAGGUCGCUGGACAGCGCCGCUGAGUUUUUCGUUUCCUUCUUUCUACUUAUCCACACACAGCUAUCAGCCUACAAAGACAUGGCAACCAGUGCUAGCCCCUUGCACCCAUACUGGCCUCGGCACCUGAGACUGGACAACUUUGUGCCUAAUGACUACCCUACCUGGCAUAUACUAGCUGGCCUCUUCUCUGUCUCUGGGGUCUUAGUUGUGACCACAUGGCUGUUGUCAGGACGUGCUGCCACCAUCCCACUGGGGACCUGGCGACGACUGUCCCUAUGCUGGUUUGCAGUGUGUGGGUUCAUCCACCUGGUGAUUGAGGGCUGGUUCAGCCUGUACCACGAGGACCUUCUUGGAGACCAAGCCUUCUUGUCCCAACUCUGGAAAGAGUAUGCCAAGGGAGACAGCCGAUACAUCCUGAAUGACAACUUCAUGAUAUGUAUGGAGACUAUGACGGCCUUCUUGUGGGGACCACUCAGCAUUUGGGUGGUGGUUGCCUUUCUCCGCCAGCAGCCUCUUCGCUUUGUCCUACAGCUUGUGGUCUCUGUGGGUCAGAUCUAUGGGGAUGUGCUAUACUUCCUGACUGAGUACCGUGAUGGAUUCCAGCAUGGGGAGCUGGGCCACCCGCUCUACUUCUGGUUUUAUUUUGUCUUCAUGAAUGCCCUGUGGCUGGUGCUGCCCGGAAUCCUUGUGCUCGAUUCUGUGAAGCAGUUCACCCGUGCCCAGAGACUGCUGGACGCCAAAGCUACAAAAGCCAAGAGCAAGCAGAACUGAUAAGUGAUGGACUGCGCUUGAACACUGGCUGAUGAUGAACUCUCAACCUGCCAGAAUAGUCCAAUCCUUGCUCCCACAGGUUGAAAGGACAAAGCAAAUCGAUCUGUCAUACUCAGGCUGAUGGGUGGGCACCAAAAGGGCCAGCAACAGGGAAGAAAGGAGCUGUGUGGAGCCACUGCCAGGAGCUGUUGAGACAAAAGUCCAAGAGAACCUAGGAGGUCUGCAGUGAUGGUAAUUUUUAAAACCAUGAAAUAAAAUGUCUUGACCCUAA